ACCAUUUUAUUACCUUUUCUGCGAAAUUUAAAGAGAAAAAGUUCAUAUUUUUGUUCUCCUGUAAAAGAUUUCACUUUCUUGGUACCCAAUUCUCACUUUUCUUCUAAUUCGUUAUCAAGUCUUUCCGCCCUUCUUUUAAGCCGCCAUUUAUAUUUUGGGGUUUCGAAUGGUCGAAUCUGUGGUAAUACUACUGCUCUUUCUUCCAUUAUUUGCUUUGGUUUCUCGUUGAACCUUAAAUUUUAUCGAACUGUUCGGGCCAUCCUAGGUUGUUCAAUCUGAGUUCAAAAUCGAACAUUUAUCUAUCCUUAUCUGCGUUCAAGUAUUUACCUUUGAUUCCCCAAGGGUUUCUGCCUGUAAUGAACGACGGGGAGCUUGAUUUUUCGAACCAGGAAGUAUUUUCCGGGAAUAAUAUGGGUGAUAUUCCAAGCAGUUGUUCAAUGGAUAGUUUUUUCGAUGAAUUACUCAAUGAUUCUCAUGCUUGUACCCACACACAUACGUGCAACCCAUCUGGUCCUGAUAAUUCCCAUACGCAUACUUGUUUCCAUGUUCAUACCAAAAUUGUGCCUGCCUCAACUGAAGACAAGACUACUAGUGAUGACACUGCUGGGUCUAAAGAGAAAUCGAAGAAACGUCCUCUGGGUAAUCGUGAAGCUGUCAGGAAGUAUAGGGAAAAGGUUAAGGUACGAGCCGCCUCGUUGGAGGAUGAGGUUAUGAGAUUGAGGGCAGUGAACCAGCAGCUGUUGAAGAGAUUGCAAGGUCAGGCUGCGUUGGAGGCUGAGGUUGCAAGGCUCAAGUGUUUGCUUGUGGAUAUCCGAGGAAGAAUUGAAGGGGAGAUUGGAUCGUUUCCGUAUCAAACGUCAGCCACUACUGUUAACCCGAUCAACGUUCCUGGUGCUUAUGUGAUACAUCCUUGCAAUGUACAAUGCAACGAUCAGAUGUAUUGCCCUCAUCCUGGAGUUGAAGGUAGAGCAGGAGAAGAUGCAGCGCUGAAUGGACAAGGAUUUAAUGGGUGUGACAUUGACAACUAUCAGUGUUUUGCUAACCAUAACUCCGGACCAGAGGAGCUUUCUACAGAUGGGGUUGGAAGUGCACGGUCCAAAGGCAAUUCUUCUGGCAAUAAAAGGAGGAAAGGAGUUCGCCCAGCUACAGCGGGUUGAAAAACUGUUGAGAUGAGAAUUAUCAAGUCUGUGGAGUACUAUAUUUGUCUUCCAACGAGCAGUUUUCUUGGGAUGCAGCACCUUCUUCCCUCAGGAUGCAUUGCUUUUUUUAGUUUUCCUUUUAUCAUUUUCUGCUGUCAUUUUAACCCUACUAAUGGGUCACUAGAGGUGUGCUGUGGUCUUAGUUUUAUGUCCAUGGAAGAUAAAUAUUUGUCUUCCAAAAAGCUGUUUCCAUGGGAUGCAUCACCUUCUUCCCUCAGGUUGCAUUGCUUUUUUAUUAUCUUUUUCAUUGUCUGCUCAUUUUUUUGGUUUUUUAAACCUACUUAUGGGCUGUUAGAGGUUGGUUGAUGGUCUUCUUAGUUUAUGGUUUGAAGCAGACAGACUUGUAAAGCUCGAACUAUGGAUUUUUAUACCUCGUAUCAUUUUCAAGCAUUGACCGACAAUCUGAUUUCUUAGCAAGCUAAAUUCAGCUGAAUAAAAGGCCUUAUCUCAUCUUC